AUGCCGCCUCAAUUAACAUGGAUUGGUCUCGGAAACAUGGGUCGGGGUAUGUGUAAGAAUUUGGUGGAGAAGGGCGACCUCGACAAGCCACUUAUUAUUUUCAACCGCACACAAAAGCGAGCCACCGAUCUGAACGCAACAUUGCCUUCUGGGAAAUCGACGAUUGCAUCAGGCCUAGAAGAAGCCGUGUCCAGAGCAGACAUCAUUUUCACGUGCCUGGGCGACGAUGCUGCUAUCAGAGAUACAAUUGCAACCGCGAUAAAGGGUAACGUCAAAGGCAAGCUCUUCGUGGACUGCUCUACAGUUCACCCUGAUACUACAAAUCUGUUAGCCAAGAGUAUACACGACCAAGGGGCGGAACUGGUGGCAUGCCCAGUUUUUGGUGCACCAGCAAUGGCCGACAAUGGGCAACUCGUCUGCGUCCUUGCUGGUCCCGCGUCCGCAGUCGAGAGAGUGAAGCCCUACUGCAAAGGUGUCAUGGGUCGGGCCAAUAUCGAUUUCAGUGACCAGCCGCAGGGGAAGGCCACACUGCUGAAGAUCAUAGGCAACACUUUCAUUCUCAACAUGGUAGAGACACUAUCUGAGGGGCACACCCUGGCGGAAAGGAGCGGGCUUGGCAACGACAAUUUACAUCAUUUUAUUGAGACUAUGUUUCCCGGUCCAUAUACUGCCUACUCGGGAAGGUUGCUGGCAGGCGAUUAUUACAAGCGGGACGAGCCCUUGUUCGGGGUAGAUUUGGCACGCAAAGACGCCAAACAUGCUUUAAAUCUUGCAGAAGCGUCUGGCACAAAGAUGAAGGAUGUAGAGAUUGCUGACGGCCAUCUUGCUGAUGUGCAGAAGCACAUGGGAUCAAAAGGCGACAUUGCGGGAAUUUACGGUGCUGUACGGCAAGAAGCAGGACUAAAGUUCGAGAAUUGA